UUAUCUACCCGGAGGAUCUCAGACCGCACGGAGAACCGAGCCCGGUGAGAGCGUGUCUGCCUCCGGGUCUGUCUGUGGAGGCUGUGGCAUGAAUGAAGAGUCCCUCCGUCGGACACGGACACCGGGGAGAGACUCAGACGGCUGUCCCAGGACGCGUGUUACCGCUCGGUGGUCGCCGGAUUUAUUAGCUUACCUAUCCGCGAUGAACCUGUCGGCGCGCGGUGCGGCUCGUGUGUCCGUGACAGCCCGGUGAUGGUGAUGGUGCAGAGGCGCGUGCGGUGCUGUUGGCCAAUGCGAAACGACGCGAGGACGACCCUCAGCUGAAUAACUGCAUCUGAUUGAUGGGACGGUGACAUGACGUGGUCUGCGGGGCUGUGCGCCAUAUUCCCGAUGCACCUGCACCUCCGGCGGAUGGAUGGACUCGUGGAUUUCUUCCAGUGAUGAUCCCAGUAUCUGUUCAUCUAUUUUUACCUCAUUGUGUUCAGUCCUGCCAAAAAAAAAACCCCUACAUGUGCAACCAUUAGACUUCUUCUUCUACCUCAUCCCAUUUAUUUUGAAGCCAUUGUAAAGACUGAUGUCAUGAGGAGCUUUACUUUAAUGCAGAUGGGAAAAAAAAACAGGCUUUAAUGUGUUUGCUCUGAUGCAGCUCUUUUGUGUUUGAGUGGGAUCAGAUUCCUCCUCAUGUUAGAGUAAACUCCUCGAUAGUUUUGAUAUAAGCCUGUGGAAUGCUUGAUCUCAAGAUGAAGGAGACGUGUCGCAUCUGUGGACGGGAGCUCUGUGGUAACCAGCGGCGAUGGAUCUUCCACCCCACCGCCAAGCUCAACCUGCAGGUGCUGCUGUCUCACGCCCUCGGCCAAGAGCUGACCCGGGACGGCAGAGGAGAGUUCGCCUGCUCCAAGUGCACCUUCAUGCUGGACCGCAUGUACCGCUUCGACACGGUGAUCGCCCGCGUGGAGGCCCUGUCCAUCGAGAGACUGCAGCGGCUCCUGCAGGAGAAGCAUCGGCUGAGGCAGUGCAUCGGAGGGCUCUACAGGAAGACAAACUCAGAGGAGGGGGCUGUGACGUUACCUGGAGCUCAGGAAGGAUCAGGAGACGGGAUGGUGGACAUUUCAGGUCUUACCCAUGCCAAGUACUGCGCCCUGCUCCAGGACGAUCUUGUCUACUCGUUGUAUGAGUCCUGGGCCGACGACUGCCUGGAGUGUCACCAGCACCACCCUCAGUGUCCUGCUGCUCCGGGGUCAGAGGUCACAGUUGGGGGCUCCCAACGUGUUCCCACCACUCCCAGGAGGUGUCGGGGAUGCUCCUACUUGCGGGUGGCAGACUCAGACUAUGAGGCAGUUUGCAAAGUCCCCAGGAAGUUGGCACGGAGUAUUUCCUGUGGGCCGUCAACCAGAUACUCAGCCAGUUUUAUUGGAGGGAGUGUGACUGGAGCUGGAAAUGGAAAAAGAGAACAUGUGGAGGAUUUAGAAGAAGCCCCCUCCUCUCUGACUCUGGUGCCUGGUUCCCAGGACCAAACGAGAGCAUCAGACAGCGAUCGCACCCUGGCUGGACGAGCCAGCUCCAGCCCCUCCAUAGCAUCCUUAGAGACAGCCGAGGAAUAUAUCCGGCCUGGAGCCAUAACAGAUGGACUGCUGAGCUCCCCCAGGGAACCGAUAGACGACCAGAUAUCUGACUCCCUCUCUGAGGAGCACAUGGGAGUCCCACAUGGACAAACCUCACCUGGACCCAGCCUCUCUCUGGCCCUCUGUUUGCUGCAGAGUUACGCUGUCCACCGGCCGGUGCAGACCUCGAAGGGGAGCAAGCUGCCGGUGCUGCUCCGACGGAGCUCCAGUAAUGGAGGUCUGAUGCUGAGCUCCCCUGAUGCUCUCCUGGGAAUGUCGUACACAUCUCCAGAUGGAGAACGAGAGAACCACUUGCCUACACCUGAGCUGGAGACCCCUCUGAUCAGACUGAAUCACAGGCUCGACCAGGAUCUGAACUUCGCUGAAAUGGAAGCGUUAUUGGAAGAUUUGUACAAAGAGUAUCCUCGCCCGCCUCCCCACCAGAAUUUGGUCGAGGAGCAGCAGAGUCAACUGAACCAGUAUGAGUGUGCUGCCGGUCAGUGUGUCAGCGAGCUGCAGAAGGCCCAGCUCCAGGUCCAGUCCCUGCAGGCCAAGAUCCACGAGAGCGAGGCCAACAACAUGAAGCUGCAGGAGAAGCUGACCGAGAUGGAGUGUGAGCUGCGUUCAAUCCGUCAGGCCGCUCAGAGUCAGGAGAGAACCAUUCAGGGUCUCACAGAGUCUAACAGCACCAAAGACCGUGAGGCCCAGGAGCUGUACCAGCUGAUUGAAGGGCAGAACACCACGCUGUGCAAGCUGAGAGAGAUGGCACACCGCAACCAGCUGGCUCAAUGCAAGGCUCCAGAGGGGGUCAGCGAGUCCUUGACGCUCGCCCAGCUGCAGGGCGAGCUGGUGGGAGUGCAGAGCUCUCUGUUCGCCCUUGGCCUGGAGCUGGAGGCCAGCCAGAGGAGUCUGAGACAGAGCCAGAGGCAAGGAGACGACCUGAUGAGGUUCAAGGACAGACUCAACACUGAUCUGCAGGAGGUGCUGCAGCACAGGGAGGUCACUGAGAAACACAACCAGGACCUUCGCUGUGCCCUUCAGAAAACUCGUUCGGAGCUUCAGGCUAAAGAAGCAGCUCUGAAGGAGAGCGAGGCGGAGAGACACGCUGUGGUGCAGGAAAAAGAAAGAAGCAUCACACAGCUCAAACACUCUCUGCAGGACAAGGAGCAGCAGUUACAGGAGUACUCGGAGAUGUUGGAGUCAACAGGAAGCUCCAAACCAAGAGACGCUCUGCUGGAGAAGCUAAGAGAGCGUAUUAAAGACAGAGACAGAGCUCUGGAGCGUUCCAUUGACGAUAAGUUCCGCUGCGUGGAGGAGCGCGAGGCCCAGGUGAGGAGGCUGCAGCUGGCCCUCAGGGAGAAGGAGCGAGACCUGGAGAGGCUCCGCUGCAUCCUGUCCGGCAACGAGGAGACCAUCACGAGUCUGGACGCCCUGGUGCGAGGCAAAGAGCUGGAGCUGGAGCAGGCGGCAGAGGCUUACAGGAACCUCCAGUGGCUGAAGCAGCAGAGCGAGGAGAAGGAGAGAAGCACUCUGAGAGAGAAAGAAACCAUCAUCAGCCAGCUACAGGCAGCUUUACAGACACGCAGCCAGGAGACACAGGAUCUGACAGCCGCCCUCGUCGCCAGAGUUCAGGCCGGGCCCACUGAGGUCGUAGAGGAGCUGAAGGCUCGGCUGGUGCUGAAAGAGAAACUCUUCCAGGAGCUGCUGUCAGACCGCAGCCGCCAGUCGAAUGAGCACCAAGCGCAGAUCCAGGACAUGCUCAACACCCUCAGCUCCAAGGACCAGUACCUGCAGGACUACUCCUACAGGCUCUCCCUUGUGAUCAGCGAGCAGACCGUCCAGCUGCAGGAGCUCCGCAGACAGCUGUCAUUAAGAGAGCAGGAGCUGUGUGAGCUGAAGCGGGACAAGGAGAGAGAGAUGGGAGGAGAGACGGAGCAUCUGCGGACUCUGCUCAAAGAGAAAGAAGCCUUCAUCAAGGAGCUGAUGCAGGGCCAGGAGGAGGCCAUGCAGCCGUCCUCUACAGAGAGUGAGGCAGAGACAAAGGCUCUCCAGGAGGAGUUGCAGCUGGUACUGAAGAAGGAGAGGGAGGCUCAGAAGGAGCUCUCUGCUCUGCGUUUGGCUCACCAGCAGAGCAUGCACGUGGACAUCAAGGACAGCUCUGAUCAUCAAGCUGUGCUGGAGCAGCUUGUGUCAGAGUACAACAAGCUGAACGAUGCCCUGAGGGCGGAGAAGAGGUUAUACCAAAAUCUCACGCACAUUCACACCAGGAGUGACAGCUCGGAGAAGAUCCAAGCCCUCCACACCGAGCUCGACUCGGUUCAGGCGCUCCGUGGACAGCUGGAGGAGGUCCUGGCCAGGACCCGUAACAUGACCCUGGCGCUGGACAGGGCAGCUAAAAGGCAGUCUGACUUUGGAGAGCUCAGCACGGAGGAAGAGGAGGAGGAGGAGGAGGAGGGAGACGAUGAAGACGGCAGCAGCGACGAGUUCACCGACAGCAUCGAGGAGGACGAUGAUAAAGUGACGGCCAGACGUUUGGCGUCCAUUCAGGCUCGCGGAGCUGAGGGGGUUGUGUCCCAGAAGACAGCUGAGGGGCAGCUCGAAGAAAUAAAGUCACAACUGGAGAGGGAUGGAUACAGCUCCGUGGAUCAGAUGAGGAGUGCACUGCACAGUCUGCAGCAGGAGAACCAGGCUCUGAGAGAGAGCCAAGGACGGGCUGGAUUUGUGGGACUGAACCAGGAAGAGGAAUACGAGGAGGAGGACGAGGAGGAAGAGGAGGAAGAAGAAGAAGAAGAAGAAGAGGAGGAGGACAUUGAAGAAGAAGAUGAAGAGGAGGAAACAUCACCACAACAUGUGCCUGUGGGGAAGCGAGGCCCUCCGUCUGUUAGCCUGAGUGAGCAGCGAGGGAAGAGGCAGUGCACGAGGCCUCAGACGUCCCAUCAUCACACACACCAGCCUCAGACGGAGGUAGAGCGUGCUGGCGGUGGUGGCGAGGCGGGGGAGCUCUGGCAGGACAUAGAGGAGGGUCUCCAUGAGCAGGCGGCCCGGCUAAGUUCCGACCUGGCUCUGAGCCACCAGGAGAACAGGGAGCUGCAGGAGAGGCUGAUGGUGUCCGAGGCCACGGUCCACGCUCAGGCUGAACAGCUGAAGGACUACAGAGACCUGCUCACGGAGACAUCGGUCCAGCAGGCCAGCAAGCAGGUGCAAGUGGAUCUCCAGGAUCUGGGUUAUGAGACUUGUGGGCGCAGUGAGAACGAGGCUGAGAGAGAAGACGCCAGCAGCCCAGAGUUUGAUGACCUGGAGAUGUGCACUUCACUGUCCAAUCAGCAGGACUACGAGGGCGGCACCUGGUACGCUGGUAACUGCAGCGGUGACAGAGGUGCCUAUGAAAUGGGAGAUGAGUCAGCGGCCUCUCUGCAGCAUCUGGUCCAGGAUCUCCGCUCACAGCUGACCCGCUGCCACAAGGUGAUCCGCGGGCUGCAGCUACGCGUGCGCUCCCUGUCCACCACCAGCGACUACGCCUCUAGUCUGGAGCGGACCCCACGCAAGGUAAACUGGGCCUUUGAGACAUCACCAGCGCCCAGCGGUGUCGAAGAGGAUGAGGGCUGGAUGUCUGACACGCAGGGGAUUCGCUCAGGGUCCAAGCCCAGCAGGGAGCUGCAAGAGCUGAUGGAACGGGUUGCGUCACUGGAGGCGCAGCUGAAGAGCUCCGGACUGGAGGGCAAAGGUCAAGCGGAGGAGGGGAAAUGUGCCACCUGGCCUGGGAAGUACAACUCUCUGAUCCAGACUCAAGCUCGUGAGCUGUCCCACCUGAGGCAGAGGAUGAGGGAGGGGCAAGGAGUCUGCCAUAUCCUCACCCAGCACCUGGGUGACACCACCAAGGCCUUUGAGGAGCUGCUGCGUGCCAAUGAUAUCGAUUACUACAUGGGUCAGAGCUUCAGAGAGCAGCUGGCACAGAACACUGCCCUGGCACAAAGAGUGGUCGCCAAGAUCAGCGGACGUGACCGUGCAGAGAGCCAUGAGGACAAGACAGGCCAUGAGCUGCUUGCCUUACGGCUGAGUAAGGAGCUUCAGCAGAAAGAUAAAAUCAUUGAGUCACUCCACACCAAACUGCAUCACCGUCCAGAGACCCCGUCCAGCUGCCACGCUCUCUCCGAGACCACCGACCAAUCGGACAGAACCUCCCUGGUGUCUGAUGAGUACAGGACCAACGAAGACUUGGAGCUGUGCUCUGAUCUGGACGCCAGAGAAUAUCAGGAGGAGCGCCGGCUGCAGCAGCCAGGACACGGAUCACAACAAGACGUCCGUCCAUCUGUCCUUCCUCCUCCUCAUGGCUUCCUCAAGUCCUCCAGCAGCUGCCCCAACAUGCAGUUCUCCAGAGCCCCUUCCAGUCAGCCUGUCUCCUUCUCCCUCUCUGUCCCCUCUGGCCCUGACGUCUGGGGUAUGAGAGUCACUUCCGACCCCCGGCCCAGGGCCCUGUCUGUGAUCGCUGUUCGCCCAGAGCUGGACACGCUGUACAAACAGAUGAAUGAGCAGAGCCGGGGCUUUGCGGUCCCUCACGACAAGCCUCUGUUCACCCUCUCACCUGGUGCCCACAACCAGCACGACCUCUCCAGCUACAACCAGCUUUCCCAUCAUGCCUUUCAACACUAUCAGCUGGGCGGCGUCCCUGAAGGCCACUCGCUGAAGUCUGAUUCAGGUCUACUGACAGGAGGAGGGACUCUGUGGGACAUGGAGAACGUGGGUCCGCCGGUCGGAAGCUAUUCCGGAUCACCGGGACACCAGCAAGGAAGCAGCCAUGCAGGGGUCAACUUGAUAGAGGAACACCUGCGGGAGGUGAGGUGUCUCCGUCAGCGUCUGGAGGAGUCCAUCAGAACCAAUGAGAGGCUCCGACAGCAGCUGGAGGAGAGACUGGCCACCAUCGGGCGUGAUGGAGGGGCACCAACAAACAUCUACAUCCAAGGACUGGACACAGUCACUCAACUGUCCAAUGAGAUCAGAGUCCUGAAGGAGGAGAACUUGGCUCUACAGUCCCGCCUGCAGGCUAGCACGGACACGUGUGAGGAGUUGGUGCAGCUGCGGGAGGCGGUGUUCACGGCACGCGCCCGCCUCAAACAGGCAGAGCUGGAGGCCGAGCAGUGGAAGGAGGAGCUGAGGCGACUUCAGGCUCACAGUCAGGAGCAGGGCCAGCAGAUUCACAUACUGAGGCAGGAGCGGCAGACCAGCCAGGAGAAAACCAACAGGCUGCAGCAUGAGGUGUCUCUGCUGCAGCAGCAGCUCUGUGAGAGCAGGGAGCUCAUCCACUCCCUGCAGAGCGAGCUACAGGUGUACGAUCGAGUGUGUUCCAGCACGAAGGCCAACAAAGGCUACCUGUGUGAGCUCCCAGGUCUCCCGGUGGAGUUUGGCGAGUUGCUCGGGGAGGUAAGGAGUCUGCGAGCCCAGCUGCAGAACAGCGUCCAGGAGAACAGCGCCCUCAAACAACUGGAGCUCCACAAACAGCUGGAGCAGAAGCUGGGGGUGGUGGGCUCCCCUCGGACCCCCUCCCUCUCCGCCCUCACUGCCAGCCCUCAGAGAGAGAACUUCUACAGGCGACAGCUGCUGCACGAUCCAGCUCCAUCUCCACCCGUCAGGGACAUUGGUCUGUUUAACUGUGGAUCUCCCGGUCCUCCCUACUCAGACCUGGACGACAGCCAUAGCACUGCCAAUGCAGACCCUCUCGACCCUCACUCUGAGCUGGAGGGGGAUGCCCCAGACGGAUCGUUUUCGAACCGCAACGGCCGCCACGCCAUCGGUCACGUUGAUGACUUCAGUGCUCUUCAGCAGCAGGUCCUAGAGGGCCGGAGCCUCGUCCAGCGGAUGGAGUCGACCCUGCAGGCCUGCCUCGGCCCGCCACUGCUGGAUGGCAACCAGAAACCGAGCAGCGAGCUGGUCCUGGACUACGGCUGUGUGAAGAGUCUGCUGUCCAACACCAAGACUCUGAGGCAGAUCCUGGAGGAGGCCAUGUCUCUGCUGAAGAUGUUCUGGAGAGCAGCUCUGCCCAGCACUGAUCCGUCCAUCCACAACCUUAAGAAGGAGCAGUGCAUGCAGGAGGAGAUCUUGUCCCUGAAACUGCGAGUAUCGGAGCAGGAAGAGGUUCUCAAGGGGACGAUUCAAAGACUGAGGAGCACCAGCCGCACCAAGGAGAGCAUGGAGCACUUCAUAGUCAACCAGUUGUCGAGGACUCGUGACGUGCUGAAGAAAGCGAGGACAAACUUAGAGAAGAAUGAGCUGAGACUCUCCUCUCUAAGCUCCUCCUCUUCCUCUCCUUACGCUGCUGAGGACCCAGGAGGUGCUGCCAGAGAGCAGCCUGCUGAUCGCAGUCCCCUGAAGACCAGCGGCGCCUCCGGAGCUGCAGCCAAUCAACGCCCGGCAGCGAGGAAGCGCAGCAGCCAAUGCCUGCUUUAGACUUUUAAAGAACCAGCCUCAACGCUACCACCUCUGACCUCUUUACUUAAACAGCCAAGACCCCACCACAACCUCCCCGCCUCCACACCAGCCUUCCCUGUCCCACCCUUUGCCUCCGCCUUUACCUCCGUCCAGCCUUGAGAGUGCUUCCUUCCUUCCUUCCUUCCUUCCUUCUCUCCUCCAGGCAACAUGUGCACAGUAUAUAAUCUGCACCUUGAGCCUUACCGAACUCCCUUCACCCCCCUCGCCAAUUUUCUGUCACUCUCUCCCCUCCCCCCGCCACAUGUCCUCUUGUCUUUGAGUGAUGCAGUCAGCAGUUUGCCUUGUCGUGUGCGUGUCAGAAGAAAGGGUUUGAAAUGUGCCUCUGGUGGUUUCAGUGAUGUGCGUCCUACUGAUGGAGCUGGUUGAAGAUGCCUCGAGACACCGAUCUCACAGACCAGGUGUGUCUUUUCAUAACGGCACUCUGGUUUCAGGGGUUGUAUUACAGAAACUUGUUGGACAAUUGGACCAGAUUUAACUUGCCUUAAACUUGCAUUUUUUCUGAUGGCCAGCAGGGGGCAACCCACUGGUUUCAAAAGGAAGUCAAAUUGUAUGUAAGAUUAUGAAAAAAUGACCCUACUUGUCACUUGAUUUAUUACCUCCACAAACAGUUUGGGAUUGACUUUAUGGACUCGGUUACUUGUUUGAAGUCUUCUUCAAGACAGAAUGAUGUUAAUUUGGUAAAUUAUGAUCAUAUUCAGAGUAAAACAGACAAUCUGCUUGACGGCAUGGCUAAGAAAUCCGAUAAUCCUCCCCCAGAUCCACUGUCUAGUCCAAAUAUGGCUCCAAAUAACAGCUGAAAUGCCCAACUUCAAAAUGGCAGUCCACAAACAAUUUGCAAGUUAAUUUAAAGUUUCUACAGUACACACCCCCAGGUCUGUAUCUAAGAGCAUCCUCUCCUGAGAGCCAGACAGCCUGAGGACGGAAUAAAUGUUCCUGCAUGUUUAAUCGUGGCUUGAGAGAGGAAUUCUGCACACGCGUUACGCACAUAUACACCAUAUCUGUAUGUGCGGUUGGGGGGGGAAAAAAAAAACGGCUCACUCAAAGACAAGCAGGCACCCUCAACUUUGACUGCCACAGAAAUGCAAGUUUACGUACUUCUCGUGGCGCUUUUAUCAAUGAGGAGAUUUCUUUUUUUUUUUUGCAAAAUGCAAUGCAAAGAACAGUGACACCCACAAUGUAUCACUACACACAGUGGAGGAAUGUAGAGGGUAGAAGUAGUCUUGUACUAGAGCUGUAUAUCUGUAUUCGUGGAGGAAAAGCUUAUGAAUGGUUUGUGAGCCAUCAGCCAACGGUGACGGAUGGCAGAACGAAAAGCCAGAAGGAAGGUUCCAUUUUAGCCCGCAAGCCUCCUCGUCUCAGGUGCUUUUUUUUGGCACCUGUCUACUGAUACUUACUGAAAAAGGGUCAAUCUAAUUCUUAAGGCUUCGAUCAAUCUGGUUGGCUGUGAUUUCUGAACGAAUGUACUCUAGAAUAUGAGGUUGAAGUGCUGAAAUGGAACCAGGCUGACAACACGCGUAUUCAAGCUCCUCUGUAGGAGUUCUCAUACGAGCAUGUGCAAUAAUGAUGUUGUUUCUUGAAUGAUCAUGCUGCACCGGGUUAUUCUAAUUACUAUUAUUUCUUUGCUUGACACUGGAUUAUUAUUAGUCACACUCAUAGAAAAACAUUAGGACACAAUACGAUUGUAUUGGAGUGUUGAUGCAUGACAGAGAUUGUAUAAAAAUCUAAGCUAUGGAACAGGGGAUUGCCAAUACUUGCCAAAGUUUGAACUCUUUACUGUCACUUUGACUUGCCUUAUCCAUGCGAAUGACAAACCCAGGUCUCAUCAGGCCGUAGGGAUACCGAGGUGUCUUUAUUUCUUUUUUUUUUUUUAAAUCAGAGGGCCUCCAGAACCACAGAGAUGGUAACCGUUAGACAGCUGGCUCAGAGUAUUUCGAAAUUGUGAUGGAAACGAGCUCCUUUUUGUUUGGACCAAAACUCAACAGAGUGGAUUUUUUUUUCCCACGAGGCCAUACGCCAUAUUGUCUUUGUGUUGUUUCUCUUGGUUCAGGCCGACUCAGCAUUCCCAUGGCAAUGGCAAUAUAGGUUAUCAAGUUCUUCUAGAUGAUGCAAACUUUGGCAGGCUACUGGUGGGACCAUUGUUCUUUAAUUCACUCGCUCGUAACCGUUCAGCGACACUCUCAGUUUGAUGUGUUUUUCCUUGCUGUACAUUCGCCAUUUUAAGCUGUAAAUAACCUGCUUCUUCUGUAUGAACUUUUGUGUGUGCGUGUGUGUGUGUGUCUGCGUGUGGUUGUGCAUGUGAGAUAAAAAAAAAACAUCCAACAUUUGCUUUUCGCAAAGUUGAUUUCUGGGUAGCUGUGCAAUAGCUUUCUCUCUUUUAUUUUGAUGUUAAACAUCAUUGUGUUUUCACUUCCUGCAGUGUAUGGUUUAUAGCGCAGCAUAUGUUAGAGGAUUGUGUCACUUUGAAUCAAUUAGUCACCUAGGCUGUGUCUGUUAAGAAAUCACAAACUAUGCCUUCAUGAUAUCUAAGUCACCGAUCACAGUAUCGUUCACCUAUAACAAAAGCUCUGAUUAAUGUUGCUUCGCUUGCCUUUAAGAUUUAGCUCGGGAGCGUCUUCACUCGACUCUCGGUGAUAGAAAAUGGCCUUGACUAGCGCUCAUCUACCUGAGAUCUGCCAGUUUAGGUUUUGUUUGCGCUCGAGUCUUCAGAGAAAGACAUAAAUUGCCAAGAAUUUCGAUAGAGGGGAAAAGUUUGAUAUUACCUUUUGAAAUUAAAGAAGGUAAAAAAAGUUUUAAAGAUUUGUCUACUGUAAAAAAAAAAGCCAAUGAAUGGAAAAGAUUGUGAAACGUUGGAUCCACAAAGCACCUUGUUAGAGCGUAAACAAAGCCUUUUUGCUAUUUGUUAUUAAGAAGGGAAUCAAAGGAGCAGUUUGAAACAUGUAUGUGUUGGUCCUGAGUUGCGUGUGUAUAUAGCGCUAUUUGAUUGGUGCAGCUUUUAUGUGAUUGGAAAAAGCAGCUUUUUCCAAGUUUGUGCAUAAUGAACUAGAAAGCCGAUACAGGACUCAUACGGAUCCUGUCUCUGAUGACAGUUAACAGUUUGCUGUGUUGGCAAAACGUAUUAUCGAUGAAAGAUUUUGAGAAAGAAUGAAUAAAACACUCAAAAAAG